AUGGCUGUCAGAAAUGAAAGCUUAUAUCACGAAACAGAAGGGCUAAUCCUUUUCAAACCCCGCAAACAUUACCGCGCCCUGAUCAAAACAGAUCACUGGCAGUUGAAAUCACUCAUCAGCUCCUCGCAACAAGGCAUAAUCUUCUACCCUAGCGGCCGCGAAAUCUUCAGACUCGACACAAACAAUCGCGAAAGGGAAGUGGUCGCUACGUUGUCCUUCGAUCCACGAUGUCUCAUUGCUUCAAAAGAUUGGUUGUGCUGUGGCGGGGACGAUGGAAAGUACAUUGCAGUCUGCCUAGAUGAAGGCAAGCGGAGGAUCAUUGGGUCUUCAUCCACUACAGCAGACGCCGACCCUGAUGCUCGAUUACCAUUAGAUCUCGACCCUUCCAGUCGCUCGAUUUUGAGGGAAACAAUUUCCACUUCGGAGUCGUUCCUAGCAACGCGAAUUCCGAGAGGUCCUCUGAGUGCGAAGACGUCGAAAAUCGGAGAAGAGGUAGUCAAUUGUAUUGAAUUAUGGUCACCAAAUCCAGAUGCUUCAGAGAACGCGUACAAUGUACCGGUAGCGGUUCUCUCCAAUAACGACUUCUCAGUCUCAAUCGUCGAUAUCUCGGCAUCAGAUGUACUGGAAGAACUGGUUCUACCAGAUUGUGUAAACCGAUCCGUUCUGUCUCCGAGCGGUGUACUACUUGCGACUAUCUGUGAUGAUCCAUAUCUCUACAUACACGAACGAGUCGUGUCGCACAUCAAAGGGAACAAGAAAAAUGGCCAGCACCAAUGGGUUCGGCGACGGCGUAUACAUCUGCCUGGCCAGAAGCGGCGCGACUCGAAUAACAUGAAGGGGAGCUUCGCUGUGGCAUUUUCACCCUCGGGCAAAUAUCUUGCCGUUGCGACCCAGUACGGCACGGUAUGUUUGUUUGAUGCACAGAAAAUCACGGAUGAUACAUUCGACGCUUUGGUGAAGACCUUUACGAACUCAAGACCGGGUCCUGAAGCUGGAGCUAUUCGCGAUAUGGCUUUCUCGCCCGGGCCUUUCGACCUUCUUACUUGGACUGAACAUAGUAGCAUUUUUUGUGUUGCGGAUAUGCGCAAUUUUUGUCUCUCUCGUCAGCUUAUCAAGGUCGAAUCUCUGGAUGAUGAAGUUGAGACUGUCACCGAACGCCUAGCCGACCAUGUGAUAGAUCCGAGAUUACGAAGUUUUCGAGCAGAUCAGUCUUCACCAGGCACUAAUACAACACCAGAUUAUUUGGGCGCCGAGCUUGAACGGCGACAAGGUCUGGAGUCGGAGCGUAGACAGUUACGGCAUCACUUGGCCCGAGAAAUGUUGGACAGACGUCAGGCUCCUCUUACAACAGAAGAUCUCGAAGUACUACAUGCACAUGGGAUUGCUCGCCGGCAAAGAGAUGCGGCAAAUGCCGCGAAUGCGUCUCGAGGAUCUGCUGUGGAGAUAUCGAGGAGCCUGAGGUCGGAUUCUGCCAAUUUAGGACGAACGGGAAGUGCAGAAAGGCGGGUCACACCUGCAAACCUACCACCAGCCCUACGCGAAUUUGUGAAUCCAGAGCGUUCAGCGACGUCUAUAAGAUCGUACAUCAAUGAUCGCAAUCACGACCGAGAACGGCGAGGGCAAGCCGAGCUAGAACUGCCAAGGAGACUUCAUAUGAUUCAGUUAGCAGCCGCUGAAAGUGCUUUAGAAAGAGAAGCAAGAAAUGACGGAGAUGAAUCAAAUAGCUUAGAGCGACUUGCUUUGGCACGGCAACGUCUAUCUACAAUAGGGAGUGGUGCUCCCUACGAUCCGUGGGCGGACUUCGAAGCCCUCUAUCAUACGCGAUUUGCCUCAGAUUCUUCGGCUGAUAGAUCUGCUCCGAUGCGGCUUGAGAUAGAGGCCGAGGACAGAAGUGAUUUCGCAAAUCGCCUUCGCCGUCCCUGGGUGCCUCCGGGUGAGCAAUCGCGAAAUCGCGACGAAAGCUUACCAGCUCAACGAGUGGUAUCGCGGACACGAAUCGUGGAGACGAUGGGCUGCACAUGGAGUGCCGAUGGCAGGAUCUUGUACAUUGGCGCGGAAGACGGUAUUCAUGAGUAUCAUGUUGAUAUUCAAGCUCGGAAAAUCUUUCCUAGCGUUGUGCUACGAUAG